CCUCAAUUCUCUAUCUGUCUUUGCUCUCUCUUCACUCCCUCAUCUUCUUCAAAAAAGUUUUUUGUUUUUCCUUUUCCCUUCCACAAUUGAGUGACAUCCAAGGACCAUCUCAUCUCCAUCAUUACAUCUCAUUCUCACCCUCUCCUUCCCUCCUCCUUAUAUCUGCUCAAACAGAGCACCCCACUUCUGGGUUUCCUCUCCGUUUAAGAUCGAUCUUGACCUUCUCUUUGAAUCAAAGCUUCAACCUUUAUCACUUCCCAAUGGAAAAGGACAACAAUUCAGGCACACCCAGCUGGAACCCAUCAAGCUUAAUGCAUCCCAAUGAGCUCAAUUGUGCUCCACACCAACAACUCCUCCCCAAUUCUUACUUCACUGCCAAUUGGGACAAUUCAAUGGAUCAGAGCGAUCCCUUUGCGUCUGCUUUGAGUUCCAUUGUGUCUUCACCGGCGGCGUCCAACGCCGUCGGUGCCUCCGCUUAUCCCGGAGAAGGCGGAGGAGACAUGAUAAGAGAACUAAUUGGAAGACUAGGAAGCAUAUGCAACUCAGGAGAUGUGUCUUCAUUGUCUUAUAACAACAGUACUAACAGUUCAUGUUAUAGUACCCCACUCAACUCCUCACCCCCAACUAAGCUCAACUUGUCAAUGAUUGAUCCACAGAUGAGAGGCAAUCUGCCAAUCACAGCACCCUCAUCACACCCGAGUUUGGCUCCUUUUUCAGCUGACCCUGGUUUUGUGGAGAGGGCUGCAAGGUUUUCCAGCUUUGGAAACUAUGGUGGUAUGAAUGGUCAUCAGCUCAAUUUAAAUGAUGCUGAAUUGGCCUAUAGAUCAAUGCUGAAGCUUCAUUCAGGGAAGCUUUCCAGAGCUUCCAGCAAUCAGUCAUUGAGAUCUCAAGUGGGUGGUGUUCAAGAAAGCAUCAAAAGCUCUUCACCCCAAGAUAAGAAGUCCAGCAGGUUCUCGAGGUCCUCCACCCCAGAAAAUGGUGAAUUGGGUUAUUCCAGAGAAGGGUCAUCAGUUUCUGAGCAGAUCCCAGCUGGGGAUUUGAGUGUGAAAGCAGAGAAUGGUUUCAACUCCAAGAAGAGGAAGGCUGCUCCAAAAGGAAAAGCCAAAGAAACAUCUUCAACUCCCUCUGUUAAAAAUGACAAGGCUGUGACUGAAGAGCAACCAAAUGCCAAGAGAAGCAAAACUGAUGAAGCUUCUGGGAAUGAAAAGGAAACUCAAAAGUCAAACAAAGAAUCAAAUGGUGAUAGCAAAACUAAAUCAGAGGCUGUUGAGCCUCCAAAGGAUUAUAUCCAUGUCAGAGCCAGAAGGGGUCAGGCUACUGAUAGCCAUAGUCUGGCAGAAAGAGUUCGAAGAGAGAAAAUUAGUGAAAGGAUGAAGUUUCUUCAAGAUCUUGUGCCUGGUUGCAACAAGGUAACUGGGAAAGCUGUUAUGCUAGAUGAGAUCAUAAACUAUGUUCAAUCAUUGCAGCGCCAAGUUGAGUUUCUUUCAAUGAAAUUGGCUACUGUGAAUCCUAGAAUGGAUUUGAACAUGCAGGCUCUUCUGUCAAAAGAAAUCCUUCAAUCUCAAGGAGCUUUACAAAAUGCGCUUUACCAAUUAGAUUCUGCAGUCCCGGCAUCAUUUCCUUUUGGGUAUCAACCCCAGCAACUUCCACCUUUACAUAGCAACAGCAUCUCUAAUGAGACAGAGACACAUUUUCCAGUAAAUCUAAAUGCAGCACUUGCUCAAAAUUCAACCAUGCAAUCGCCUGGUUUUGAUAGAUUUGGUGGAGCAAAUCCUCAGGCUCCACAAUUCUUUGAGGAUGAUCUCCAAAGUAUGGUUCAGAUGGGUUUUGGCCAAAUUGAGCAGCUUCAUGGCUCAAUGGCUUCAGCUCAGAUGAAAGUCGAGCAAUAAUCAACACCCUACGUUAAGGCGAUAGCUGUACAUAAGAGGAAUUCCAGUUUGAGUGAAUCUAUAGCCUGGAGGAUAAUUGCAGCUUCUCCAUCAUUUUAAUUUUAGUCUAUCUCUCUGAUUGGCAAAUUGAUUCAGCAACUCAUUCUUUGGAGAAUUCUGUCUUUCAAGAAUUCCACAAUGUAAAUCCUAGAACUAAUUGCACCAAUUCCUUAAGAGCAGACACCCCAUAUAAUACUUGUAACAUUGUAAGAACUAAGAUUGUUGGAGGGAUUAGAACUUGGAAAGAGAGUUGCUCAUGUAAACUUUAGUUUUGAUCGAACCUUCUGUAUCAUCAACUUACCGUUUGAUUAUAUAAAUAUAUAUAUUACUGAGAUUCAUUGA